AUGAGGCGAGGGGCGCGGCUGCUGGGCUUCCUCUGCCUGUGGCUGCCCCAGCUGCGCUGCGAGGGGCCCGUCCAGCCCGAGCAGGUGCACCUGUCUUAUCCAGGAGACCCCACCUCCAUGGUGGUCACCUGGACGACCUUUGACCCAGCUGAGUCCCUUGUAGUCUUUGGCCAGGCUCCAGGGAACGACCUCCCUCACAGGGCCAGUGGAAAUGCGACACGCUUUGUGGAUGGCGGCAACCUGAGCCGCGCCAUGUUCAUCCAUCGAGUCACCCUCCGCGGCCUUCUUCCGGGACAGGACUACCUCUAUCGCUGUGGGAGCCCAUGGGGCUGGAGCCGGCCCUAUGGCUUCCGGGCAUUGCUGGACGGCAGCAGCUGGAGCCCCCGAUUUGCCCUUUUUGGAGACAUGGGCCUGGAAAACCCCCAGUCCUUGCCCCGGUUGCGGAGGGAGGUUCAACAGGGCUGGUACGACGCUGUGCUUCACAUAGGAGAUUUUGCCUACGACCUGCACUCGGACAACGCCCUCGUUGGAGACGCCUUCAUGCGGAAAAUCGAGGCAGUGGCUGCCUUUGUGCCAUAUAUGACUUGCCCAGGAAACCACGAGGACAAGUACAACUUCUCCAACUACCGGUCCCGCUUCAGCAUGCCCGGAGACACCGAGAGCCUCUGGUACAGCUGGGAUGUGGGCCCUGCUCACCUCAUUGCCUUCUCCACGGAGGUGUAUUUCUACCUGGAAUACGGGGAGCAGCUGGUGGCCAAGCAGUUCCAGUGGCUGGAGAGGGACCUCCAGGAGGCGAACCGGCCUGCACGGCGUGGGGAGCGUCCCUGGAUUAUCACCAUGGGGCACCGGCCCAUGUACUGCUCCAACAACGACAAGGACGACUGCACCCAGUACGAGAGCAUCGUUCGCAAAGGGCUGAAGCCGGACGGUUACGGGCUGGAGGACCUUUUCUUCAAGUACGGGGUAGAUUUGAUGCUGUGGGCUCACGAGCAUUCCUACGAACGGCUCUGGCCCGUCUACGACUACAAGGUUUACAAUGGGAGCACCACAACCCCCUAUACCAAUCCCAGCGCCCCCGUCCACAUUAUCACUGGAUCGGCUGGUUGCGUAGAGCGGCUGGACCCCUUCAUCCCAGACCCGCGAGAAUGGAGUGCUCUGAGGAUUGAGGACUACGGCUACGCCCGCAUGCAGAUCAUCAACAAGACCCACCUCUGGCUGGAGCAGGUCUCGGAUGACCAGAAUGGGAAGGUCGUGGAUAAGAUUUGGCUGAUCAAAGACCGGCCUGCCCCCGGCACUGACCUGCGCCGGAAGGUCUGAGAAGGCAUCGCAGCGCCCUUCUGGUCCAGACAGCUGGCCAGGAUCUCACCUUCUGAGCUCCAGCAGCUUCAACUGCAAACUGGCACCGUGUUCUCUGGCCCGAAUGUGAAGCGGUUUGCAUGAUCCCAAAUGUGACCCCGGCUACAGAGGGGGUCAGAGAGUCAAGAUGGAGACCUUGACCCAUGGAGAAAAAGCGGGAGCUUCAGUGAUGUGGCUGCAGCUGCCCUCUUGAUGGCCUCCUGCACUUAUCUGUCUGCCCUUCCUGAAUUUAGGGUUAGCUUGAGAGAGAAAUAAUGUUUCAUGUCCUUAGUGCAAACUGUCCCUACUUAACACCGAUAGGAAUUGGUUUUCUGCCUGCUAAUGGCAAAUCAUGGAUUGUAGCCCAAAGAGAUGGCAGACUGGCCCAGGGCAAUGAGGAGUUAUGGGUAUCCACAAAUUUAUGGGAUGCUGGUCUUUACUGUAGCAUUAAAGACAAACAACACAGCUUGAUUUUUUUCACAUAAUACUGUAAUUACUUGAAUAAAAGUCAGAAAUAAAGGGA